CAAUCCAUUUCUCAUAGUCUUUGCGUGUCCACACCUCAAAAAUCUCUCUCCCUUCUUUGCCCCUCGCCGAAGCAAUUCCAUUCUCUCCUCGAUUUCUGUAAAUGACGCCAUGAAUUUCACACGGAACAGUCAAACAUUGAAUGCUCUGAUGGAAAACUAGGGGGGAAGAUCGACAAGGGAAGAGUUUAUUACCGAACCAGAAUCUUUGAUUGCCUUGACAGAUGGUUCGUGUGAUUAGAUUGGCGUUCUGGUAUUGAGGCGGAUUUGGAAUCCGGAGAUUCUGAUCGUUUGGGCUUAAACGGUUGUCACUUUUGUGCGAUUUUGAGAGGUCUCCCCGCGAUUCGCGGAGACCGCGGGGCGACAAGGAGAUGUCCAAUUUUGUGGGAGUUGUUGUUUCCGAUCAAUGGCUUCAGAGUCAGUUCACACAAGUCGAGCUUCGCGGCCUCAAUUCCAAAUUCAUAGCAAUAAAGAAUCAGAAGGGUAAAGUGACAAUUGAUGACUUACCAUCCCUCAUGGCAAAACUAAAGGGUUUUAAAGGUGUAUUUAAGGAGGAGGAUAUUAGAGGAGGAUUGCAAGAGUUGCAGUCUGAUAUGAACAACGAGAUCGAUUUUGAAGGCUUCCUCAGGUUAUACUUGGAAUUACAAAGAAAAGCCCAUGCUAAAUCAGGGGAUUCAAAGAACUCUUCUUCCUUCCUGAAGGCCACUACCACUACUGUUCUUCACAACGUCAGGGAGACUGAGAAGGCUUCUUAUGUUGCUCACAUAAACAGCUACCUCAGGGAUGAUCCAUUUCUAAAGCAAUUCCUUCCAAUGGAUCCAACUACGAAUGAUUUAUUUGACCUUGCUAAGGAUGGAGUUCUCCUGUGUAAGCUGAUCAAUGUUGCCGUGCCUAACACUAUAGAUGAGCGGGCUAUUAAUACAAAAAGAGUACUAAAUCCAUGGGAAAGAAAUGAGAAUCACACACUCUGUCUAAACUCUGCAAAGGCUAUUGGAUGCACUGUAGUCAAUAUUGGUACUCAAGAUCUUAUUGAAGGAAGACCUCAUCUGCUACUUGGAUUAAUUUCUCAAAUUAUAAAGAUCCAACUAUUGGCGGAUCUCAACCUCAGAAAGACACCACAGCUUGUCGAACUGGUGGAGGACAACACUGAUAUUGAGGAGCUUAUGGCACUUCCUCCGGAAAAGGUUCUACUGAAGUGGAUGAAUUUCCAUCUCAAGAAAGGAGGCUACAAGAAAAAUGUAACCAAUUUUACUUCUGACUUGAAGGAUGGAGAGGCUUAUACUUACCUGCUUAAUGUGCUGGCACCAGAGCAUUGCAAUCCUGCUACCUUGGAUACCAAAGAUCCUACUGAAAGGGCUAAUAUGAUUCUUGAUCAUGCCGAGAAGAUGGACUGCAAAAGAUAUCUGUCAGCUGAGGAUAUUGUGGAGGGCUCAGCUAAUUUGAACCUUGCUUUUGUUGCUCAGAUAUUCCACCAGAGGAGUGGCUUGUCCACAGACAACAAGAAGGUUUCCUUCGCAGAGAUGAUGACAGAUGAUGAACUAAUAUCUCGAGAAGAGAGGUGCUUCCGCCUGUGGAUUAACAGUUUAGGAAUUGAAUCCUAUGUUAAUAACUUAUUUGAGGAUGUUAGAAAUGGGUGGAUUCUUCUGGAAGUGUUGGAUAAAGUUUUCCCUGGAUCUGUCAUCUGGAAGCAUGCGACUAAACCUCCUAUCAAAAUGCCAUUUCGGAAAGUGGAGAACUGUAAUCAGGUUGUGAGGAUAGGGAAGCAAUUGAAUCUUUCCCUAGUAAAUGUAGCAGGAAAUGACUUUGUGCAAGGGAAUAAGAAACUUAUACUUGCUUUCCUCUGGCAGUUAAUGAGAUUCAACAUCCUUCAACUUUUGAAGAACUUAAGAUCCCGUUUUCAUGGAAGGGAGGUUACCGAUGCUGAUAUAUUGAACUGGGCUAAUAAGAAAGUUAGGAGUUCUGGUCGAAGGUCUAAAAUGGAAAGCUUCAAGGAUAAGAGCCUUUCAAGUGGAAUAUUCUUUCUUGAGCUUCUCAGCUCAGUUGAGCCACGUGUUGUCAAUUGGAAUCUUGUAACCAAGGGCGGAAGUGAUGAGGAGAAGAAACUGAAUGCUACCUAUAUAAUCAGCGUUGCCAGGAAGCUGGGCUGUUCCAUUUUCUUGUUGCCUGAAGAUAUAAUAGAGGUGAACCAAAAAAUGGUUCUUACACUUACAGCAAGUAUUAUGUACUGGAGCCUUCAGCAGCCUGUCGAAGACUCGGAGUUAUCCCCCGCCCCCUCUAGCCGCGGGGGGUCUCCUGUACCAUCAAUUGAUGGGACUGCAUCUCCUGCUCCUAGUGGUAUGACAGACACUGCACCGUCAGCCAAUGGUGCUUUAUCCCCGGUGGACCCGGAUGAUGUUGCAACCACCACAGCUCCUGCUGCUGCUUCGCGCGGGGCAUCCCCCGUCCCAUCGUGGAGCGAAGGGGAUAGCUCAAUUGUGUCUGAAAUGUCACAAAUGACCAUUCAAGAUACAACGUCGCACACUGCCGCCGUCGAUGAUAAAGCCUCUGAUACUGCUGCUUCCACACAGUCAGACGAUUCCACAUCCGACACUGCAACUUCUGCUCCGCCUCCUACGGCAAGCAAUGAUCCGACAUCGUAGACAAGUCCCCCGCCACCUGAAGGUGAGUAGAUGCCAUUGCAAAGUGAGUAAUAGUUGCUGAGUUUUGCUAGGAGGAAUUACAUAGUACAUUUGAAUGUGAUAAGGUUUUGUUUUUUUGCAAAUUAAUACGGUGUAUGAGCAAUAAAAGAGGGGGGAAAUGGGCUUUUUUUUUCUUUGGGGUUUGCAGCUGUAACUUCUGUUAGAGUUGUUUUUAUUUUUUUAUUUAUGAACCUAAACCCUUUUGUAGUGUUCUACGAUCAACCAUCAAUUCCAAUCUUUUGGGCAGGAAAAUUUGCUGCUUGGUCGGAUGAAUA